GGCCGGAAAGGGGCUCUCUGCCCCGGAAAGAGCGUUUUCUGUGGCGCCCUCCCCUGGGGCCCUCCCCGUGCCGGCGCGUUGCCGCCGUCCUGCCCUGGGACGGGCAGGGAACUGCCCGCGGCGGGGGCCAAAGGGGGAGAGCUGUGCUCGAGGGGGAGCAGCCCGCGCCGACACGCGCAGCUGCCUCCGCUCUCGCCGCAGACCUUCGGCAAAGCGGUGGGAUGCUUCAGCCAGUCCGUUUUUCACUUUAACAACUCGCAAGCCCUGACGGGCACCUCGGCUGGGAAGCUGGUGGUGUGGGACGCCGUCUGUCCCCGCUCCCGGCCCCGGGAGCUGCGGGCGAAGCCGCACGCCAUGAAGGCCAUCAAACUGGUGCCCAUGCAGAAGGACGGCCUCACCGUGCUCACCGUGUCGGAGAGGAACUUUAUCCUUUCAACCUCUGAUGCAACAGUGCUCCAUGUUGCAACAGAUGGGACAAAAUAUGAAAAAGUCAUGGAGGAGGCCAAGAGAGCUGUGAACGCCAUCGCGUGUCACCCCAGCCAAGUGCUCAUUGCUGUAGGGAGUCACUGCGGGCUGCUGAAGGUGUGGGACUACCAGCAGACUAAGUACCUUGUUAGCAGGAUAUUCGUUGAGGCCAGCAUCCAGUGCCUGUCCUACAACCCUGAAGGUUCUCUCCUGGCGGCUGGUUUUACUGAUGGAAGCGUUUACAUCCUCGAUGCUAUUUCCCUCCAGUCCAGCUGCAAAGAGUUCAAGUUCUCGCGAGGCCCCGUGACUCAUAUUAGCUUCUCGCAUGAUUCUGAAUACCUUGCCACCGCUGACGAGAAAUGCUCGGUGACUGUUUACAGAAGAGUCCUGCGAAACGGGCAGAGGUGCUGGGAACAUCUGGCAGGGCUGUACUCCCACUACAAGCCCAUCCGGAGCAUCCUCUUUGGGGUGCAGCUAGACAGCGAUGAGCCCAGGCUCUUAAGCCUUGGGGAGGACAGGCAGCUGGUUGAAUAUGACCUAAAUAGCAGCAGCAAGGACCACCUGGUGGUCUUGCACCGGGACAGGGUAGAGCAGGCAGCUGUGCCCCUGUGCUUGGCCUGGUACCCGCAGCUCAGCACAGAGUCCUUCAUCCUCACUGCCAAUAGCUGCUACAAGAUGAAGCUCUACAAUACCACGACCAAAAUGUGCAGAAAGACCCUUUUGGGACCAACCUAUGGUUCCCCUCUGGAGAAGAUGCAAAUACUCCCGAUGACAAACCCGAUGGACCCCCAGAAACACUAUCUGGCUUACAUUACAAAGGACAAGGUAUGGAGUCCCACCUGCUUGUGUUGAAUGAGCUUGCUGGACUGUCCCUGCACCAGCACCGCGUCUGCUUUGCUCGGCAGCCCCCGGCUGCACGAGGGNNNNUACGUCUCCACGGCGGGGGGGGACGACCGCACUGUUAUGAAGUGGGAGGUUAACCUGACUGCUUUGGAGGCCGCCGUUCCCCUGGGCGGGGAGGACUUGGUGCCCUUCUACAACCUGCUGGAUGGCGGCAGAGACGGCGAAUUCUUCAGGGAACUGGAAGACUAUUUUUACUACGCACAGCUGCGCAGCCACGGUAUUGAUACAAUGGAGACCAGACAGGUGUCAACACACAUUCCCUUGGAGGAAAUUCCUUUUGUAAUGAGAGCAAUGGGAUUUUAUCCAUCAGAGGAAAAGAUUGAAGAAAUGAUGAAUGAAGUAAAAUUCAGCGAGUAUGUGGAUACUGGAAAACAAGUGACAAAAAUCAAUUUAGGGGAUUUUAUCAGACUUUAUAUAAAUCAUCGACCUGCGUUUGGCUUGUCAAUGAAAAAAAUACGGAGAGCGUUUCAGGUUCUUGGUUAUGAUAAUGAGAACGGAGAAAAAGUUAUUGACAAAGGAGACUUACUGUUGCUGCUUCAGUGCAGAGGAGAGCAUAUGACAGAAGAAGAGCUGGCAGCAUGUCUGACUACCUUGCUGGGCAUGAAUCCAGAGGGAGGAAUAACUAAACCGGGCACCUCCGAUACCUCAGGUGCAGCAGCUUUACUGGAAGAAGAAAUUCCAGAUGAAAUCACAGCAGAGAUAUUCACUGCUGACAUUCUUGGCUUACCUAUUCCUGAACCAGAAAAAAACAGAACAGAAAAAAGAGAUGAAUCUUGGAUCCACGAAGGCUCGGAAGCAUAGCUGCUACAAAGUUUUCUACUCGUUCCUACUUUGCAAUCUCCUCUCCUCAAGUAUCUGUGAAAUUUGUAUUUUGCAUUUAUGAAAAAAUGAAGGCAAUAUAAUUUCAGACUGAACAAACACUUGUCUAACCCCUGGUUUAGCGCAGGCCACAAACCUGUGGGAUCAAAUCUAUUUCCCAAAUCAAGCACGGUCCUAGUAUUCCACCUUCUGUACUGCUACUGUGGAAAGUUUGGAUUUGGAGAUCAUCAGUGGAAGUAUUUCUGCCAUUCAGGCAUGGCCAACACUCCUAAUACCCUUUCGCAGGGAAGUUAAUAAACAGUGGUUUAAAUGAACAUGGUGCCGUCCUGAAGUGAUCUUCUGGGAGAGCAGCAUGAAGACUCCGCUGUAAAAACACCUAUCUUGUAGUCCAGUGAGCCAUUAGAGAACAUCACUAUGUACAGAAUCGCAGGGGUGGUUGCAAAGAAUAAAAGAGUAGUCGGUGCAUUAUCUUCUUGCAUUGAUCAUCCCUGUUCUUGGCUAGAAUCUUCCCAGAAUUCAUUUUAGGGUGGGUUUGUGCCAGAUGAAGCUGUUCUGAUGCAGUCUAUUUUCAUCAUGCUGAGGCGAUGUUUAUUUGUAAAACCUGACAGUCAAAUAGCGACGUAAAAGUAUUAUAUGGAUUGUCUACAUUGAUAAAUGUAAUGUACAAAAUGCCUGAAUACAUCAGAACGGAUUGGUAAUUAUACAAAUAAAUCCAUCAGUAAUCCAUCCUUCAGCCCUCAGUAAAGAAAGGAACAGUGAGAUGCAAAUUAAAACCAGGUUUCUAUUUUGGUCUUUACAACUUGUGUUUUUCUUUCUGAAAGUAGUAGUUCCAAUUAGUAGUGUAAUACCAAUGGGACAGCAUUUUACAGUGUUUGUAUAAACAGUGUAAUGAAGCUGAUA